CUAUUCAUUAUUCAUGUCUUGAAAAACAACAUUUCCUAUCAUCUGUCAUUAUACUCUUCGUACCUAUCACGACAUCCAAGCUCUUCUUCUUUACUUCUUGACUCUUUGAAAUUCAACGACAAAGGUACGACUCAUUCAAAUACUACAAUCAACUGGACCGACCACCGUCUCACUCCACUCAUCGUCUUGCCAUAACGCUGUCAGCGUAUAUCACUGAGCCACCUUCAGAAUUGUAAGACGAGAUAAUUGCAAAACGUACACAUAUAUCACACAGUCAUCAGCGGUCGGUAGCGGGAUCAUUGAGGGAAAAGAUUAAGAUGAGAGAAUCAAAUUAUACAUAUCCACCUCAGAAUAGAGCUGUUCUCACUAUAACCCAUUUGUUAUAUGACCGUAGAGCACUCGACACCACUUCCCCCAUCGCUCUCCUGAACAACUUGAUCUCACUUACACAUCUCACUUCUACCGCCCCUCGUAUCCGCGAAAUCUUAACAUGCGACGGUGGUCUAGAACGUUUAAUCGACAUAAUACGUUCUUCCACUCUCCCACGACCCACACCUCGAAUGCACGACCUCUGGGGUUUAAACGGUCCAAGUACAGCUCGUGUUUUGCCACACGACAAACAAGUCCAGCUUCGAUAUUGUCUCGCCUUCCAAAGUGUCGUCAAUCUAGGUGUUCGAGGGAACGAAGCUGUUCGAACACGUGUUGUUCAAGCUGGUGUCUUGGAUAUCACAGCUGAAAUCUUAGAACAUUGGUUGAAAGAUCAAGGAAUCUCUAUACAUCCUGGUCCUCUUGGUAGUCAAGCUGCUGUAGACGCAGUGGCCAAAGGUGAUAUACCACCCGGAGUUGGUGAAUGGGGAAGAAGACAUAAAUAUUUCAGCAUGAUACGACGUGAUCAAAUUGAAGGAAAUGAAGAACAAAAUGUUUCCACUCAAAAUUUCAAUCUAGGGACGUUUGGUCAAUCACACAGGGAAAGAGGCGAAAGAACCAGAGAGAGGGAAGUGAGGGAUAGACAAAGGGAGAGAAGACAAGUUGAAACCGUUGAUACUGAUGUCGAUAUGGCCGAUACAGAAGAUGCAGGAACGGACGCGGCUAGUGUAGGUGCAGAUGAUAGUAUGGACAUCGACGACGAAGGAACUAUACAUCCACCAUUAUCCGCCAUUAGUCAAACUCCAAGAGCUUCACAACAUUUACUUCCUCUCCCACUCACCAUUGCCCCUCCUUCUCGAUCAGUCAUCCCAGAAGCUGAAGAGCAACCCUCGACAUCCGCUUCAAGUGCUGCGGAUUCCAUGUCUGGUGAUGAUGGUCCCAUUCCUCGAGCUACUUCCGAUUCCAACUUAGCCCGAACGGCAAUUGAAGCUAGUCAAUCUUUACGUACUCCAGCUCUCAGCAUCGGUAUACCCGGUAGGACACUGCCUCCACUGGGUAGGGAGACUAUGAGCAAUCGAUCAAGUCCAGUGGGUACACCACGAAGAACGGAAACGGCAGAUUCACGUAUUCGCGGUCGUCGAGGAACCAUAGUCGCUCGACCUAUUGGUUUGAUGCCUCGUAAUGACCUCCGAGAUGGUGGUGGAAGUGGUACUUCUGAUGGAGGUGAAGAGAUUGAUUUACCAACUGCUACGGUCGCUCAAGGUUUGAUAACCGCUCAAGCUCAACAGAGACAAGGUCGAGCUACUGUCAUCCCAGGUGAUGAUGACCCAGAAGAAUCACCUGCCAAUGUUGAAAUCGCCGAUACGGCACGUACCAUUCCUGACGAUUCCGAUAUAGAAGCCAUGGCCGCUGAAGAAGCUCGAUUAGAUUUAGAAGCUGGUGCACCUCCUGGUCAACCAGGAGCCACUGAAACACCACGUACAGUUCCUGAAGCGGAUCCUACACCUCGACAAACAACUACGGAAGUUCCUGUAGAAGCAGUGGCGGAUGAAGUUCAAGAACAAGCUCAAAUCAUCAUUGCUAAUGGUGCACCGAGAGGGUUUCAAGAUCUUAACGCUUAUGUUGGACUUUCAUCACUUUUAAACCCAGAUACCGAUCGUUAUUCCGAUGAUGCUGUUUUAUUAGCACUUCAACUCCUAGCUUAUCUCUCGAAAUACCCUCAUGUGAGGGAUACAUUCCAUCAUCCUCGGAAACCGAUGCAUCCGACUUUUGACCUUUUCUCAGAUCAAAUGCCAUCUCCUUUACCUGAACGACCGGCUUUAUCCGUUAGCGCCAACAUCUUCAGUCUCGCUCAGAGGUUCACGUUCAAACCUGGUCCAGCCGAUCCGGAUAUGUUCAGGAUACCAGUGGAGAUACAAUAUUGGGCAGGAGUGAUCAUGCGGAAUGCCUGUAGGAAAGACGAGGCGAAUGGUGGGACUAGACAAUGUGCUAGGAUGGAUUGUGGGAAGAAGGAGACUGUUGCGAGGGAAUUUUCAAAGUGUAGGAAAUGUAGGAAGGCCAAAUAUUGUUCGAAAGAAUGUCAAAGUAUGGCAUGGGCAGAAGGUCAUCGGUUCUGGUGGGUUGUGGUUAAUUUCUCUCCCUCUGCCCUGGUAUCACCCAACACCUUGUCCUCUUCCCUCCUCCUUGAGCUCACAAGUAUCAUUAACUCCUACUUAGUGAACCCAUCAGUAUUUCCGUCAAGCAAGUGGUCUCAUAAUCUCCACGUGCAAUGA